CACAGCCACAGCUGGCAUUCGCAUAUGAAUUGACACAACAAUGUACAGUUUCUUUAAACUGGUCAAAUUGCUGAAGCUUAUGGCUGAGAGUGUAGCAUGUUAGCAUUGUUUGUGGUGCUCGUAUCAAUAUCCGCUGGGGUCGAAGGUCACGGGACACAUUUAAAUAAUCACCAACAUCGCAUUAAAGAACUGAAGGAAAAAUGGAGUGUAGACCAUGUGAUCAGAGAUAUAGACCACAUUAAGGAAGAUUUGAGUGAAAUGAUGAACUAUACUGACGAAAUACCUGAUCAUGAGAUGCUGUUUUUCAUGGUUAGAAUGCAUGAUUUCGAUGAGAACGGAGGGCUUGAUGGCAUCGAAAUGAGAAUAGCUUUAGCUCACAGCAUGGAGCAUUCAGAUGACUUUAACCAUUCUCCCGAAGCCAUUGAACGAGCAAUAGAAGACGCGUUGGAAUUUGAUGACAAUAACGACGGUGUAGUUGAUUACGCAGAAUUCCGAAAACACAGGCCUGACUGAAAAAGUGCAUGGUGAAAUAAAGAUUGCAAAAUUUUGAACCGAAUUGGGAAAUUUCAUGUAGACUAAAUUUUUCGUUUCUUGUACGUAACAAAUAAAUCGUAUCAAACAAGAAA